UCUCUGACAUACCUGAUUGACACAACUGGUUCAAUGAAGGAUGAUCUUCGACAGCUUAAGUUGGUCAACGGCUGGCUUCUUGAUCAAGUAUCAGCAAAGUUUCCUUGUGGAAUACGGCAAUAUACAAUGGUGGAGUAUAAUGACCCAAGAAUUGGACCUGUGCAAAGCACAGAUUCCAGUACAAUAUUUGAUGGUUUCUUCAAUAACAUUACUGUGCAUGGUGGUGGUGACUGUCCUGAAAUGGUCAUUAAGGGCCUUGAAGUUGCUUUGGAGAGUUCACCUCCUAACUCAGUCAUUCUGGUCUUAACUGAUGCAUCUGCAAAGGAUUAUAAUGAUAAAAAUUUGACAGAUCGUGUAGAUAUGCUCAUAGCUACAAAGCAAUCAAAAAUAUUUUUUCUGAUCACUGGCCAAUGUUCUGGCAUCAUGGACAUAAAAUACCUAAUUUACAGAGACAUUGCCUCAGCAAGUUUUGGACAUGUAUUCAGAGUUAGACUUUCAGAGCUGAACAAAGUGUUCUACUAUUUGGACUUCAUUCUGUCGAGACCUGUUAACAGCUCAGCACGACUGUUCUCUGCGGACUAUGAUGAUGGAGAUAAUAAUGACAGCUUCUCAGUUGCAGAUAACUUUACGGCAUUAAUAGUGACCACUGAUGGCAUAACUCAAUCAGUACAAGUGGCUAGGCCAAAUGGACUAGAAAUUGAACUAAAAGUGAUUGUAUCUGAAAACUGGGGUUCUGUGUACAUUGUUAAGAAUCCUGUGCUGGGAACUUGGACAAUUCAUGUCAGAGGAGAAGGGCUGCACUCCAUACGUGUGGAAGGAUUUAAAGCAAAGAACACGUCAUUUACAGCAUACUGUUCUGACUGUCAUCCUAAUGCUACAUGUGAAGAAUAUUUUGGCAAUAAAGAAUGUUCUUGUGAUGAAGGGUUCAUCGGAGAUGGAUUUACAUGUUGUGACAUUGAUGAAUGUGCCUUCUACUGGUCUAAUAACUGUUCUGACAUUUGUGUCAACACUCUUGGUUCUUAUACAUGUGAGUGCAGAAGUGGAUACACCAGAAGUGUAAAAGACGUAUGUGUUGAUAUUGAUGAAUGCUAUGAUGCUGAUCUCAAUGAGUGUCAUCCUCUGGCAAUGUGCAGUAACAGUGCAGGCAGUUAUUCUUGUUCCUGUAAGGCCGGACACUAUGGUGAUGGGUUCCAGUGUCACCCUGAAGCGUGUACAACAGAUAUAUGUGAUCAAGGGAUGGAAUGUUUAAAACAAGUGGAGUCUGUCAACUGUUCUGAUCCAUGCAUAAACUAUAUCACCAUCAAUGAGCCCUGGAGAAGCACCUUCAAUAUGUUUGGUAGUCAUUGUGACAGAAAUAAAAUUGGAUGGUACAGAUUUACAGGGAGAGGGGGAAUUCGUAUUCCAGAAGGCUGUGUGCCUAAAGAGAAAUGCAGCACUGGGGCACCGAUGUGGAUAAAUGGAUCACAUCCUUCACCUGAUGAAGGAAUUAUAACCCUUACAGCCUGUGCUACCUGGAAUGAGAACUGCUGCCACUGGAGAACCACUGUCAAAGUCAAAGCUUGUCCGCUUGGAUAUCAUGUGUACAAAUUAAAUGGAAUACCCAAAUGCCCACUAGCUUUUUGCACAGAUCCAGCCUCAUGGACUGAGCCAUGCUCAUGUGCAGAGGAUGAGGAAUGCAAAGUGGUGAAUGGAGCUAAAGGAUGUUACUGCAAAGAUGGACUGGAAGUUCUAGUCUGGUCUGAGUUGACCAGAUACUGUAACAACAUUGCAGAAAACUAUAGCACAGAAUUGCACCUGGAGCUUAAAAUGAGAGCAGCUGAUCUCGAAAGGAUGAUCCCAAUCCCCUCCAAGGAAAAAGAACAAUAUAUACAAAUUGAGACUGCACUUCUCACUUUGGAAAAAUAUUUUUAUAUGUAUAUCACAUGA